AUGGCCGACCAUAUAGUCUUGGGCGCUUUCAGAAUCCAGUUUUCAUUCGUCUUUUUAUUGUCCUUUACCACGCUGGUGGUUUUGGGGGAUGUGCCUGGCACUGCGGAGACGAGUGUAGAGGGGAAGGCGAGGAUCGAUAGGGAGGCGAUUGUGAGGAGGUUUAAUCCUGUCCGUCGGCACAGUUCGCCUCUGGGUCAGGGAGGGGAGGGAGAGGUUACGCCUUUGCAGAUCGGAAACGGCGAUUUCGCGUUCAACACCGACAUCACUUCAUUACAAACUAUCCAUCCUUUCAAUAUCCUCUCUUCGUGGGGGUGGAAGGAGGAUGCGUAUCCGGUUGGGCGGACGAAGGAGGAUAUUGAGCAGUACCAAGGCGCAACAUGGCCCAACCAACAUGGCAUGCAAGUUCCAUACGAUUUUGGCGGUCCUCCUGAUCUCGAGGCGUAUUUGAGGGGCAGUCCUAAUCGGGCUAAUCUUGGGAGGAUCGGGCUCGUCGUCCUCGACGGAGAUGGGUCCAGCACCAGUCAAGAUGGAGAUGAACCUACUGCAAAUGGAGACGUAAAGCCCAUCGAGAUCAGACCGGAAAACAUCCACAACGCGACGCAGACUUUGGAUUUAUGGAGUGGGAUUUUAACAAGCAGGUUCGAGUUGUUUGGGGAGGACGUUGUGGUUAGAGCUGCGGUGGAUAUGGGGAGCGAUACGGUUGGGAUUAGUGUCGAGUCGAAGCUGUUGUUACAGGGGUCCGGCAAAGGGAGGAAAAGGAGACUCGGUCUGUUCAUUGACUUUCCGUGGAACGAAGGGCGGGAGAAGUUUGCUGCGCCUUUCGUUGGGUAUUGGAACGAGACGGAGAAGCAUAUCACGAGUCUUUCGUUUGUGUCUGGGGGAUCUAGUUCAGGGGAAGAGGAUGAAGAUGGUAAGGUUACAGGCGGUGGAGGAAGGAAGGUGGCGAGGAUUACGCACCGGGAGUACCAGACUACUUCCUACGCUUACAUCUCCGGCUCGUUCGACAUAACGCGGGACUCGCCGUACAAGCAUCGCUACACCAUCCUCCCCUCCUCAGCGCGCUCAACGACACUCUCCCUCUCAGUCCACUUCUCGCCCAACGCCCUCCUCAACGCCUCUUCGAUCCCUUCCUCCCAGCGUAUCUUCACGUCUUCUCGCGAUGGAUGGAGGAAAUACUGGGAGGAGUCGGGGUUCAUCGACGUCUUGACUGGAUCUACGGAUCCGAGAGCGGAAGAAUUGCAGAGGAGGAUCAUCUUGAGUCGGUACUUGAUGCGUGUUAAUGCGGCGGGCGAGACGCCUCCGCAGGAGAGUGGGUUGGUUAAUAAUGGUUGGUUUGGAAAGUUCCAUAUGGGAUGGAAAACAGGCGCUAGGUGGCCAAAGAUGACCGAUCCUUCAGGUCGCUCCUCCCCUGGCGAGUUGAACAACCUCUUAAUCUGGCAACAACCCCACCCGCUCGUUUUUGCUCAAUACGAACUGCGUUCCGUUCAAUCGCCAUUGUCGGCGCUCACCACCGACGAGAGAACACGAAAGGAGCGCGAAGUAUUGGAGAAGUGGAGGCCCGUGGUAAAAGAGACGGCAGAUUGGAUGGCCGAGUUUGCGUGGUUUAAUGAGACGAAGGGGACGUACAACCUUGCUCCGCCUAUCCACGUCGUUUCGGAGGAUACGAAUCCAAAUCGGACGUAUAACCCUGCUUUCGAGUUGGCGUAUUGGAGGUUGGGUCUGGGUCUAGCGGAGGAGUGGUUUGAGCGACUUGGCGAGGAGGAUGCAUCUCGGUCGAGGUGGAGGGAGGUGAGGGAGAACCUGGCUCAUCUCCCAUUCGACAAGGAAAGAGGGCUGUACCAGAUAUAUGAAGGGAUUGAGAGUGAUUUUUGGAUGGAUGAGAAGUAUACGAGCGAUCAUCCGGCCCUGGUGGGGCUGUAUGGGUGGUUACCACCGACUGACGGCUUGGACACUGUGAUUGCGAGGAAAACAGCGGAAGAGGUGUGGAAGAGGUGGAAUAUAACCAAUUGCUGGGGAUGGGACUUUCCGAUGCUGGCGAUGUCAGCUGCGCGCCAGGGCAACCAGGCAAAAGCGGUCGAAUGGUUACUUCAUCCCUUGUUUGCGUUCGCUGACGCUGGGAUGCCGAUUGGAGGUGCGAGGGUUCCGACGCCUUAUUUCCCGGGCUCUGGAGGGCUGCUUUAUGCUGUGGCGAUGAUGGCUGAAGGCUGGGAUGGAUUUGAGUUGGACGAGGGUAGAGCAGUAGGGCGAGAGGGAAUGGACUAUAGGCAGGCGCCUGGGUUCCCCGAAGGGUGGGAUGUGAGGACUGAGGGGAUCGACCGUGCUUUGUAG